AUGACUUCUCAAAUUAUCUUCUUUAUCUUAUUGUCAGUGAGCACUUUGGUUUGUGCUUUUCCGCGAACAGCAUCGCGGAACUUUCACAGACAUCCUCGGAAAGAUUUUGAAUCUUCGGGGAGCGGACCAGACGAACCUAUUCGGGGAUCAGUCAGAGUUGUCAAAAUGAGCCCUCAUUUUCUGAGACGAGCCGCCGGUGCCUUUGGAAAUCACGCGCCAUCAAGAAGCACACAAGGUCGCAGCGCGUUUCCUGCUUUCUUGGCCCGCGGGCUUCAAGGGCCGUCUGUCCUGACCCAUGACAAACCUGCGGCUCUGCUUCCUAACAUGGGCGCGAGCAACACAGGGGAUGCGAAGAAACAAGGUCUCGAGAUGUGGCAGAAAGUGACCCGGAAAAUUGAUGGAGGCAGAGAGGCCGUGGCGCUGCGAAUCAACCAUAAAGACAUGUCCAAACAGAGCUGUGCCGCUGUUCCCUUUACCCAGCGCAUAACGGAGGGCGGCUGUGAGACCGUGACCGUUCACAACAACAUGUGCUUUGGUCAGUGCACGUCCAUGUUUGUUCCAUCCAACGGAGAGUCUCGUGGACAGCGAGACGCGCACUGCACGCGCUGCGGACCUUCAAAAUCGCGCUAUGUGGUCGUGCCCCUGCGCUGCGGGACAGAAGUGAGAGAGAGACGCGUUAUGGUCGUUGAAGAGUGCAAGUGCGAGACGGGUAGCGAAGACGUCAAGAGUCAGAACACAGAAACGCUUCAUCUAUGA